GCUCUGCUCUUCCUUAAGAAAGACCCUCGUAACCCUCUUCUAAUUCUUAUUCUUAUUCUUUUUCUUCCUCAGGCCGAGGCUGCCGAAGUAUCCGAUCGCUCUCAGUCUCUCUCGAUCAAUUCCGGUCCCCAGUUGUCUCUCUGACACUCCAUUUCUCACCGUAGAGUCUGCUCCAUCAUUCUUCAAAAUGGCUAGCACCGAACCGGAGCAUGAGCACAGGGAAGAAGAGGAUGCCGCCGCCGACGACGAGGACACCGGUGCUCAGGUCGCCCCCAUUGUCAAGCUCGAGGAAGUUGCUGUCACCACCGGCGAAGAAGACGAAGACGCCAUCCUCGAUCUAAAAGCGAAGCUCUAUCGAUUUGACAAGGAUGGAAAUCAGUGGAAGGAAAGAGGCGCCGGCUCUGUUAAGCUUUUGAAACACAAGGAAACCGGCAAGGUCCGGCUUGUCAUGAGGCAAUCAAAAACCCUCAAGAUCUGCGCCAAUCAUUUAGUCCUUCCGACUAUGACAGUUCAGGAACACUCUGGGAAUGAUAAAUCCUGCCUUUGGCAUGCUACUGAUUUUGCUGAUGGCGAACUUAAGGACGAGCUCUUCUGCGUCAGAUUUGGAUCAAUUGAGAACUGCAAAACCUUUAUGGAGAUGGUCACAGAAAUUGCUGAAUCUCAAAAGAAGAAAGAGGAAAACAUGGAUGCCACUUCAGCUGCUGGCCUCAUUGAAAAGUUGACUGUCCAGGAAAAGGCGACUGUAGAUAAAGCUGGGGAGGAUGUACCUGCUGCAGGCAAGGAGGAGAGUAAAUAUGACCCCCGGAAAGCCGAUGUGGAAAAGAAAAGUGAACUUGCUUCCUCAUCUUGAGGAGGAUGCAAUGUCGAGAAACCACUGGUAAUUUGAGGAGGUAGUUUUCCAACCUCUUUUCGCCCCUUGACUUUGUUUCCAUGUUGGUGCCGGGUGAAAAUCAUACGUGAGUCUUGAUUUAUGGGCAGGAACUGUGUGGUUUGGUCCUUGUUAAGUUUCAUUGGCUUGUCAAUGGUUGGUCGGUUCCAGACAUUGGAGUCUUGUGUUUGCAUGUCAAGGGUUGGGUGUCUGGUUUGGGUUUGUCAAAAGUUUUUCAAGAGGGGCCUCCGGAAUACUAGUCAUUUAUUAGUUAUUACUGAGUUGUUAGUCUGUGCUUGGUCAACAAAGGUUGCACCCAAAGAUAAUUACGUUGUUAUGAACAAGCAGGUUUUGUUGUGGGGAUAUUCAAAUUAUUCAUUGAUAUGAAUUCGACUUUGCGCACU